GAGGCUCCGGGGCGGAAGCAGCUCCGUAAGAUAUACCUCGCUGCAGAGGGGAGCAACAGCGGAACGGAGACACGGUGGCCGGGCCGAAAACGUCACAAAGCCUCAGAGAGCGGGCUCUGUCCCGCCCGCUCCCCAGGUGGACGUGGUCUUGGCAUCCACGCCAAUGAGAAUGUGAGGGCGGGGCCUGAAUAGACGCAGGAAAUGGCGACGGCCGCGGGUCUCUGCCCGCCCGCCGCCAUGCCGCCCUUACUGCCCCUGCGCCUGUGCCGGCUGUGGCCCCGCAACCCUCCCUCCCGGCUCCUCGGAGCGGCCGCCGGGCAGCGGUCCAGACCCAGUACUUAUUAUGAACUGUUGGGGGUGCAUCCUGGUGCCAGCACUGAGGAAGUUAAACGAGCUUUCUUCUCCAAGUCCAAAGAGCUGCACCCGGACCGGGACCCUGGGAACCCAAGCCUGCACAGCCGCUUUGUGGAGCUGAGCGAGGCAUACCGUGUGCUCAGCCGUGAGCAGAGCCGCCGCAGCUAUGAUGACCAGCUCCGCUCAGGUAGUCCCCCAAAGUCUCCACGAACCACAGCCCAUGACAAGUCUGCCCACCAAACACACAGCAGCUCCUGGACACCCCCCAACGCACAGUACUGGUCCCAGUUUCACAGCGUGAGGCCACAGGGGCCCCAGUUGAGGCAGCAGCAACACAAACAAAACAAACAAGUGCUGGGGUACUGCCUCCUCCUCAUGCUGGCGGGCAUGGGCCUGCACUACAUUGCCUUCAGGAAGGUGAAGCAGAUGCACCUUAACUUCAUGGAUGAAAAGGAUCGGAUCAUCACAGCCUUCUACAACGAAGCCCGGGCACGGGCCAGGUCUGUCCCUGCUCUAUUCUGCUCCCUCCUCCCUGUCCAGGCACCACACUUCGGGAUCCCUAUCCCAACCACCCAGGUGCCCUCUCCUCCAGGGCCAACAGAGCCAUCCUUCAGCAGGAGCGACAACGGCUAGGGCAGCGGCAGCCGCCACCAUCCGAGCCAACACAAGGCCCCGAGAUCGUGCCCCGGGGCGCCGGCCCCUGAGGGGCUCACCUGGAUGGGGCCUGCAGUGCGUUCCCGCCUUGCUUCCUUCCCCGGACGGCCCGCUCCCCGAAACGCGCGCAAUAAAGUGAUUCGCAGA